AUGGAAAAUCAAAUUCAUAGUUUAUUACAUUUUCCAUCAUCUGCGUCCACAGGUUCCACAUCAAAUAGUCACAACAACCACCAUAAUAACAAUAAUAACAAUAAUUAUAAUAAUAAUAAUAAUAAUAAUAUUAAUAAUAUUAAUAAUAACCAUCAUCACCACCAUAAUUAUAAAUCAAUUCAACAACAUUCACCACAUUCAAGCACUCCAAAUAUUUCCACUGAAAAUGUAGAUAUUUAUUCAUCUCAUGAAGCAAAUUCAAGUAAUGGUUAUAAUAAUGGAAAUAAUUUUUCUUAUUCAAUGAAUGGUAAUUUUAAUUAUAAUUUUUCCCCAAUGAAUUCACCACACCAUAGUCAUAACCAUCCCGAUACAAGUAAUAAUAAUAUGUUACCUUUAAAUGAUAGUGGAAUUCAUUUUAAUCAACAUCAGCAUCCAUCUUCUGCAUCCUCCUCUUCCUCAUCGUCAUCUUCGUCAUUAUCAUCUUCUUCGCAUCACCAUCAUAGUAAUCACCAUCAUCAUCAUCCAAAUUUACACAUUAACUUGCCACCAAUACCACAAUAUCCUUCACUUAAUGAUAGUAGUAGUAAUGGAAAUGGGACACCUGCAUUAUCAUCACCCUCUUCAACUACUCCACAUCCAACUACUCCACAUCCAACCACUCCAACCUCAACUCCAAAUCAAAGAUUCCAAAGUAAUGGUUCAAGUUCAUUUCAAAAUCAACUUCAAAAUCAUUUAGAAAAUAAACUUUCAAGUUUUUGGUCUUCUCAACUAAGAGAUAUUCAUAAAACUGAAGAUUUUAAAACUCAUGAAUUACCAUUAGCAAGAAUUAAAAAAAUUAUGAAAUCCGAUAAAGAUGUUAAUAAAAUUUCAUCUGAAGCACCGAUUUUAUUUGCAAAAGCAUGUGAAAUUUUAAUAUUAGAAAUGACCCAUAGAUCAUGGGUACACACUGAAAUGAAUAAAAGAAGAACUCUUCAAAGAACCGAUAUAAUAAACUCAUUAUCAAGAUGUGAAACCUUUGAUUUUCUUAUCGAUAUGUUACCUCGUGAUGAAAUAAAACCAUCAAGAAAAUAUCUUGAUGAGUUAUCGAAAGCUCAAGUAAUUACUCCUGAAUAUCUUCAAUAUUUACAAUUACAACAAAUGGCUACUGAAAAUCAACAAAAAAAUAAUCAAAAUAAUCAAAAUAAUCAAAAUAAAAACAAUCAACAAAUUCUACCACAACAACGUAAUUUAAAUAUACCACAUUCACCUCAAUUACAAGAACAAAGUAGUAAUAAUAAUAAUAAUAAUAAUAAUAAUAAUAAUAAUAAUAAUAGUGUUAGUGUAAAAAGAUCAUAUUCAAUGGAAAUUCAAAAUUCAAGUCCACUUAGUACUCCAAAAAAGAGAAGUAAUUCUCAAGAUUAUAAUUUCCAAUAUAAUGAAAAUAAUCAUAAUCAGUCAUCAUUAAGCCAAACUCAACAAUUACAACAAUUAAAUCAACAACAACAACAACAACAACAACAACAACAACAACAACAACAACAACAACAACAACAACAACAACAACAUAGCCAACAAAUCUCCCAACAAAUUCAUCAUAUUCCUACACCUUCUAACUCAUCAUCAUCUCUACCACCUUUGCCACCACACAAUAGUAAUCAUGCUCAUAAUAAUAAUAAUAAUAAUAAUAAUAAUAACAAUAAUAAUAAUAACAACAAUUUAAAUAAUAAUAAUAAUAAUAAUAAUAAUAAUAAUAAUAAUAAUAAUAAUAAUAAUAAUAAUAAUAAUAAUAAUAAUAAUAAUAAUAAUAAUAAUAAUAAUAAUAAUAAUAAUAAUAAUAAUAAUAAUAAUAAUAAUAAUAAUAAUAAUAAUAAUAAUAAUAAUAAUAAUAAUAAUAAUAAUAAUAAUAAUAAUAAUAAUAAUAAUAAUAAUAAUACUUUUGAUUAUUCUUUUAAUGACUCAAAAAAUGAUGAACACAAAGUUUCAUUGAAUGAAUCAAAUUUUAUAUCAACGCCAACAAAUGAUAAUAUAAUAUCUUCUUCUCCAUCGAGUCAAGUUUACUAUUAUUCUGAUAAUUGA